UUUCAAUUUGUCACAUUUCGAAAAAGUUUCAACCAGAAAAAGAUGGAUUAAGAAAUUAAUAGUAGCCAACAUGUAUAAUGAUCGACCACCAAUGAGUGAGACGCAGUCGUUGGGAUCCAAUUUGGGCUCAACGGAAGUGGAGACGAGCUCCCGAAAUCAUCAGGAGCAGGUGCCAGAUACGAGCUCGCGAGUCUCUUGUGCUUGUGAGAAUUGCAUUGGGAACGUGGGGAGUCCGGAAACUCCUCAACCCAAAGCCAAUUCUUGGAACAGAUACAAUGAUGGCUCGCAAGAAGCACCAGUCUGGAAGGCAACCAAAUCUCAAGCAGCCUCAAGCGUACACAACAUGGACUCCCAGUUGCCGCAAUCUUCUUAUGCCUGGCCAGUGAAUGAGGCACUUUCUAUUCAAAACCCAAAUAUAUCUCAACCUAGCAGCAGCAAUUACUCCAAUCCAACCAGAAUCUAUGGUAAUCCCAUUCUGGAACGACAACAGAGACCAACCAUAUUGGUCAUAGUGGUCAACAAACCUGGCUUGGGAAAACCGAACAAUGGCAAUGCACCUGGCAAUUAUCAUGCAACAACAACAGCAGGUUAUCCCAUAGGUGGUUAUCAAAACUGCUAUCACCGUCCCAGCAUUGUCUAUAAUCCAACAGCAAGCUAUCCAAUUGGUGGCUAUCAGGAAGGCGGCUACAACAGCUUAAUCGGUACAGAUACAGUCGGAAGUCCUUCUAGCAGAGGGAUUAACAGUCAAAACAAUCAACUUACGAAGACUGAAUACGAUAAUGGCCAAAAUCAGAUCCCCCCAAGUGGAACCAACAGUGAUGUGGGUAAGCUCACCAAUGAACCGGGAUACCGAAAUGGAUCUGAUUCUGGGCAAGGUCGUAAACAGUGUUGUGAUAACUGUACCUGCACAAGUACUGAUCGAUUCGAUAAUAAAGAAGGUGAUGAAGAAACCUUUACAGGGCCAAGUGAGACUGAUACUUUCGAUUGUACUUGCGAUAUGGGGGAUUUGGAAAAGACACUAGAGAGUCUAAUACCGAAUGAGAAUUGCCUAUGUUAUCUGGCGAAUAUGUCGAAUAAAAAAAAGAAAAAGAAGAAAAAGCUACGAUCGGUUUUUGAUCGAUUCGCAAGUCCACCUUUUGUAAUCGAGCCGAAACCGAAUUGUUGCAUGCGUUGUUGUGGCAACAGAUCCUGCUGUUGUUCCUGUUGCAACAAAUGCUGCAAUUCAUGCUAUCCCUGGUACUGAAACACAUUACACAG